GAGAUUACACCAUAUUCCUACAACGUAUUAAUUGCUCUGUGGUAUUCCUCACUUUUUUCUCUUACUAUCAUUCCAAAAUUAAAAUUUGGAAUUUACUCGAUAUUAUAGCAAGUGUCUUCGAAUAAUUUUACGAAAUGGCUAGUGCCGCUGGCAAGAUACCCUCAUUGAUUAACUCGGCUAUUGCCCAAGCGCGGCCACAAUUCAACAUAUUUUUGAAAUAUGCACGAGUUGAACUGGCCCCACCUAAAGUGAGUGAAAUUCCACAAAUUAAGGCUGGCAUUGGUAGACUGCUGUCAAGUGCCAAAACUGGUGCAUGGAAACAACUAACAGUCAAGCAGGCGACCUUGAAUACCUUAGUUGGUGCUGAAGUCCUGUUCUGGUUCUAUGUUGGUGAAUGCAUUGGCAAACGUCACAUUGUUGGUUAUGAUGUCUAAGUUUCGUUAUAAGUUCAACUCUGUAGAUAUUAUUUUCAGUGAAAUAAAUUAUUAAAUUACCCAUCA